AUGCGUUCGUUGGCUUCUCUUCUCUUUUCUGCCUUUCUCUGUACCACUGUCACAUCAACUUCAAUCAAUGAACACAUCCAUCUGCAACAUCACAAGAGCAAACUAGGAUGUUACCAUUCUCUUCUCAUGUCAACGAAUCGCACACUCACUUGGAAGUUGACUCGUGAUCACCUCUUAACUGAUGCAACCAACGCUCGACAAAGUAUUCUGCAAGCAUUGCAUGGGGAAGUGGAAAGUGCAAUGGCAGAUGGAAGUAGGAGUCGAUUUGCGAGAUCAACAAAAUGGAAAAAGAAUAAAAGAAAGUCGAAAAGACCAACAGGAACAAGUGAAGAAGAUGUUAUAUUGAAUACCGACGCACAUUUGUUAAAAUUUACGAGAAGUCAUCAAGAUAGAAUAAAAACAGUAAUCAGAGAAUUACAACCUGAUAAUGGUUUAUUGAUAUUCAAACGUCUAUCACAAGUAAUUUCAAUGGCUACCGGCACACUUCCGAAAAAGCUUAUGCCUAGUUUACAAAGAUUGUCGAAUUCUCAUUCCAAAACGACAAAGAGGGUAAAAGAUGGCUUAGCUGUUUUAAGUGCUGUAUUAUCAAAAUUUGUGAUUAAAAGCUGGUGGAUCAUUCAACGUGGUAUGAACAGAGAAGAUGAAGAUGCUCUGAAAACGCUGACAAAUCAACUAAACAUCACCUUUAAAGAUGAACUCGCCAAAUUUACUGAACUGUCAAGCAAGGAUAUAUUUAAUAUUUAUUCUCAACUAUUUCUUGAAAGAAUAAACAAUGACGAAACUCAAAAGUUGCUAGAGAAGAGACGUUCGUUGGAUGCUGAUUUAUCAGAACAGAAAGCAAAGCUAACAAAUAAAUACUUUGAAUGGAGUGCAAACGAAGGACAAAUAGAAUACAUUAAAGAUCUCAAACGAUUUAAUGAUCUAGCCAUUCUAAAUUCCAAGAAAGCACGAUUAGCAAUGCGUACAGAAUUAAGCAGAUUGAAAGCACAAAUACCUGAUUAUCAAGCGAAGGUGAAACCACAUUCUGGUAAUUACACAGAGGAACCACAAGGAAUUGGAUUACUUUCGUGGAAUGUGCAAACAUUUUACAUAGAUACUGGCGAAACAAUCGCACGGGAAAAUCUCAACAGAUUACUUAAUCGAAUUCGUUUUCUUGAGGAAAAAUAUAAAAAUUGGUCAAGUACUCGUUUAAUCAAACAAAGACGAAAAACAGCAAGUGAAUUGAAAAAGUACGAAGAGAGAAAAGUUCAGUUAGAACAUGAACAAAAUGAAUUCCAAAAACAGUAUAAUAAAACUAAACAAGAAUUCGAUACGAUUAUUCAACAAAUUGAUCGACUUCAUCUAUCUAUCAGACCUGCCGAUACUGAUAAUACGAAAUUAGUGCAUGACCUAUGGUACGCUCUUCAAACUGGAUCAAACACACUUAUCUCAGCUUGUAAUAGCAUACAAAAUCAUUUGAAUAUAUUUGAUGUUGAUUCCAAGUUCUUGGUCGAUGCUGUGGUUGAUGCUUUAAAAUUGAUAAAUAUAACUGAUGAAUACAACGAUUCGACGAUGAUUAAAGACAUUAAACGAGUAUUAGAAAUAGGAUAG